CAUUACCUACGCUCUGCAGUGGACUUGCCAGGCUUGAGAGCCCAAAUGUCUCUGAAAGCAGGAUGGAUCUCUGAGGGAUGGACAGAGUGCUCGGGAUGCGUUUGCAGGUUUCUGUGUUCUCAGACAAGACUGUACUGGUCUGUGGAACUGCUUUGGAAGGUGAAACUGAAUUUAGAAGAGAACUCGCUGACGUGUGCAGAAGGCCAAAGUAGCCAGCAUCUCUACCUGCGUCAUGAACGGAGCUGGAAACGUAGAGAGGUGAUGAGCUAGAGGUGUCUUGACUCCGGACAUCUGGAUUCUUCAAAGCCAGCUCUUUUCAGGUUUCUGACCAAAGGGCCUGGGAGCACCCUCCACUGGCGCUGUGGGAAGCUUUAGCUAAUCCAAUGCACCCUGACAACAAACUGCCCAGCCAUGGCAAGGCAGGCAGCAGCGGUGCCCCGGCCCAGCACCACAACGUGAGCCAAGCACCCACCUGCAACCUGGGCUCUAAGGGUGUGGGGACGGGCAGCCAUGGCGGCAAGGCCACUCAGAUCUCCCCUGGCAACUCUGGACUGAAAACCAGCCAGAACGCUGUCCCAAACUUCAGCUCCUUGAAGGGCAAGGUGAAACGGGAACGAAGCAUCUCGGUGGACUCCGGAGAACAGCGAGAAGCCAGCACCCCCUCACAGGACGCAGAAUCUAAAGGUGAGGUGGCUCCCCGUAGCAAGCGACGGUGCGUGCUGGAAAGGAAGCAGCCGUACAGUGGGGACGAAUGGUGCUCUGGGCCGGACAGCGAGGAAGACGACAAGCCCAUCAGCAGUGCACACAAUUGUAAUGUAGCAGAUCCUGCGAUGUCCACGGCCUCACAGCUUGGCCCAGGGUCCAACCCGCUGCCCAGCCUGAAUGAGAGCAGUUCUUCCAGCGUGCCUCAUGGUGCUGCCCCCGGCUUGCGGUCAGACGCUGCAGGAGGUGGAGGUGGUGGAACAGGAAAGCAGCCUUCGCAGUUCGUUUACGUCUUUACAACGCACCUUGCUAACACAGCUGCUGAAGCUGUCCUGCAGGGCCGAGCCGACUCCAUUCUGGCCUACCAUCAGCAGAACGUCCCACGGGCAAAGCUAGACCAGGCACCGGCUCCUAAAGUGCUGGGGGUUGCUGAGCCGCUCCCGAUUAACCCUCCUGCUGCCAACACUCCGCAGUCCCAGCCGCCGGCACCUCAAGCAAGUCAGGCACAGCCGCAGCCUCCCCCGCCGCAGCCUCCGCCCCCACCUCAGACCAUCAGUCAAACGCCUUUGCCCGCGCCCAGCGGCCUGUCCCAGGAAGGGACCAGCGAAGAUGUCCGCAGAGAUCUGACUCCCAAUUCUUUGGGGAACAGCGGCGGCGGCACCCAGCCUGGGAGUAACCACCCAAACACACCCACUGCCUCUGCCAACACCAUGCAGCCCGGGCAAGUGGACGCCUCCGCCACACCUGGCUCUGGCCUCCUCGGGGAGGGCCCGGGCCCAGGGAUGCCGGGGAAUGGGCAGGCAGGCCUGGGCCCCCGAAACCCCCUGAACUCGGAAGGGCUCUCAAAGGAGCAGCUGGAGCACCGAGAGCGCUCUCUGCAGACCCUGCGGGACAUUGAGCGGCUGCUGCUGCGCAGCGGGGAAGCCGAGCCCUUCAUGAAGCCCGGCCAAAACGUGGGUGAGGGCGGGACUGCCCCUCAGCCCCAGGCUGCCCCUACCCAGCCCCCCGCGCCCCCCGCCAGCAUGAAGAAGUACGAAGAGCCUCUGCAGUCCAUGAUCUCCCAGACCCAGAGCCUCGGUGGGCCCAGCCUGGAACACGAGGUGCCCCACCACCCAGGCGCUGACAUGGGGCAGCAGAUGAACAUGAUGAUGCAGCGGCUGAACCAGGACAGCCUGACGCCGGAGCAAGUGGCCUGGAGGAAGUUGCAGGAAGAGUACUACGAGGAAAAGCGAAGGAAAGAGGAGCAGAUUAGCAUCCACGGCCGGCCCAUGCAGGAGAUCAUGAUCCCGCAGUCGAUGGGGAGCAUGAUGAUGCGUGGGCCCCCGCCACCCUACCACAGCAAGCCUGGCGAGCAGUGGCCGCCGGGGAUGGGCAGCCAGCUGCGGGGACCCAUAGAUGUGCAGGACCCUAUGCAGCUGCGGGGCGGGCCACCCUUCCCCGGGCCACGGUUCCCUGGGAAUCAAAUGCAGAGAGUCUCUGGCUUCGGAGGGAUGCAGAACGUGCCCUUGGAUGCUCUCGGGCCCAUGAAUGCCAUGCAGAGGCCAGUUAGGCCCGGCAUGGGAUGGAGCGACGAUAUGCCUCCUAUGGGAGGCCCCGGGAACUUUCCGCAAGGCACCCUGCCCUACCCGUCGGGGCAAGGGGACCCCGAAAGGUUCAUGAAUCCCCGCGCCAGGGAGGAGAUCCUGCGGCACCAGCUGAUGGAGAAACGCCCCGUGGCAAUGCAGAGGCCGAUGGGGAUGUCCGGCAGCUCCAUGAGCCAGGGCAUGGAAAUGGAGAGGAUGAUACAGGCUCACAGGCAGAUGGAUCCAUCCAUGUUUGCUGGGCAGAUAGCCGGGGACAGCCUGAGCAGUGCCCCGCUGGGAAUGGAUUUUGCUGGCACUCGGGGGAUGCUGAGCCCCCCUAUGAGUCAGUCGGGCCUUCGGGACAUGGAUGCGCCCAUGGGCCCCGGCAACCUCAACAUGAACAUGAACGUCAACAUGAACAUGAACAUGAACCUCAACGUCCAGAUGACCCCGCAGCAGCAGAUGAUGAUGUCGCAGAAGAUGAGGGGCCCCGAUAUGAUGGCCCACCAGGGCGUGAGCCCCGAGGAGCUGGCCAGGGCCAGGGCUCAGAAUGGCAACGGCAGUGCAAUGCUGGGGGGACCCCAGAAAAUGAUGAUCCCCUCACAGUUCCCCAACCAAGGACAGCAAGGCUUCUCGAGCGGGCAGGGGCCCUAUGCCAACAUGCCCCAGGAGAUGGGCAGCGGCUCGGACAUGUUCAGCCCCGAGCAGGGCACCGUGCCCGUUGGGAGCAUCAGCGGCACCACCAGGCUCAGCCACAUCCCCCUGCCUCCAGCCUCCAAUCCCACGCCCACGCAAGGGGGCAACCUGGCCAACAUGCACCCAGCACCUUCCCGGGGGCUGGGCCGCCGGCCCUCCGACCUCACCAUCAACAUCAGCCAGAUGAACUCCCCCAGCAUGGGUCACCUCAAGUCUCCCACCCUCAGCCAGGUGCACUCGCCACUGGUCACCUCCCCCUCUGCCAACCUCAAGUCCCCGCAGACACCCUCGCAGAUGGUCAGCAUGCCGCCUUCAAACCAGUCGGGACCCCUCAAGUCCCCCCAGGUGAUGAGCUCCUCGCUUAAUGUCCGGUCUCCGACUGGCUCGCCGAGCCGCCUGAAGUCCCCUUCUAUGGCUGUUCCUUCCCCGGGUUGGGUGCCGUCUCCCAAAGCCGCCAUGCCCAGCCCGGGAGUCAACCAGAGCAAGCAGACUCUCAGCAUGAACUCGUCGACUUCCAUGGGAGGACUGGAGCAGGGUUCUCUCCCUUCUGGGCCUCGGAGCAGCUCUUCCGCACCAGCCAGUAACACCUCUAGCACCAUGAAUCCCAACAUGCCUUUUACUUCCUCUCCAGAUCCAUCCCCCUCCCAGAACCCCCUCUCGCUGAUGAUGUCUCAGAUGUCCAAGUACGCCAUGCCCAGCUCUACGCCGCUUUACCACAAUGCCAUCAAAACCAUCGCCACCUCUGACGACGAGCUGCUGCCGGACAGGCCUAUGCUCCCGCCUGGAAGCAUGUCGGGGGUAGCGGGGAAUCAGCCGAAUCAACUGCACUUGAACUCCGUGGGGCCUGGAUCCUCGCAGAGCCCCAUGGGAAUGAACCUGCCUGGUCAGCAACCCCUCUCCCACGAACCGCCCCCCACCUCCAUGAUGUCCUCCCCGAACCCUCUGGGCUCCAACAUUCCUAUGCACCCGAGUGCGCCGGGGGCGGGCGUGCCCCCCCAGAACCCCAUGAUGCUGCCCCCGGGGCCCCAGGAUUCGUUGAACCAGCAGUGCGGCCCCGUGCCCAACAGUUCGCAGAUGAUUCCUUCCAACCAGCUCGUGUUCCCCCGCAUGCAGCAGCCCCACAACGCCAUGCCGUCGCCUGCUGGGGGCAUGCCAAUGGCCCCCGCCGGGGGAGGCGGAGGUGGCCCUGGGAUGCAGCAGCAUUACCCGCCGGGCAUGCCCUUGCCACCCGAGGACCUUCCCUCCCAGCAGCCCGGCCAGAUGCCCCCUCAGCAGCACAUGAUGGGCAAGAACAUCCCGCCUCGGAUCGGCGAGCCCUACCCGCCCGUGCUUCCCGGGGUGGCGUCGGUGCUGAACGACCCCGAGCUCAGCGAGGUCAUCCGCCCCACGCCCACGGGGAUCCCUGAGUUCGACCUGUCCCGGAUCAUCCCGUCGGAGAAGCCGAGCAGCACCUUGCAGUAUUUCCCCAAGAGCGACAGCCAAGCACCCAAAUCGCAGCCUUCCAACCUCCACCUCAUGAACCUGCAGAACAUGAUGACCGACCAGCCCCCGGUGCGGCCAGGUAUGAAUGCCCCCAGCCUCCCCGGGCAGCAGGGCGUGCAGCGGGGACUCAGCAUGCCCAUGUGCCAUCCUGGACCAGUGCCCAUGCUGGGCAGGACAGGCAUACCGCCCCAGCAAGGGAUGAUGGGCAACAGCAUGCACCAGGGCAUGAUGUCUCCGCAGCAGAGCCUGAUGGCCCAGCAGAAUUUCAUGCUGAUGCAGGCCAAGCAGAGGAGCAUGUCGGUAUCGGGGGAGAUGUAUGCCCAGACCGGACACAUGAUGUCACCUCAGGGCUCUCUCAUGGGGCCCCCGCCUCAGCAGAACCUCAUGGUCACGCACCAGAUGAGGCAGAGGAGUGUCUCCCUGGACAGCCAGAUGAGUUACAUCCCCGGGCCUGGGAACAUGGCGAACCUGCCUUUCUAACCCCGGCUGACGCUCAGGGGUGGGGAGGGGACGGGGCCGCCUGUACGAACGUUUUUAAACCUUUUUUCGGGGGAGGGUUGGGGGCCAACGCCAGUGGAGGACACCACGUGGGAUGCUUUUCAUAUCGGAUUCACCUCUACACAGAAAACCAGAUGUGCAGUAAACUUGAUGUGAAUUGGGUUUGGGUUUUCCUUUCUUUUCUGGGGAAGGGGGAGGGUGGAGGGGCUGGGAGUGGGGCUGUUGAUUUGAACCCUGCGUGGUGACCGGGGACAUCCAGACCCUGUGGCAGUUUGUAAAAUUUCGUUUAUGGUUUUCCUCCGUCAAGUGGUUUUCUUUCCCUUUUUUGCCUCUCUCUCUUUUUUUUUAACUCUUCCUUUUUUUUUUUCCCUUUCCCCUUUUUUUUUUUUUUUUUUUUUUUUCUUCUUUUUUCCCCCUUUUUAAGCAACCAAAACGUGCAAGAGGGUUUUUGGAACUAGCUGUAAAUAGGUCGCUGGGAAAGGCAAAACUUGUGCUGGUUUUUAAUUGUUCUGUAUUUCUGUGUUUUAAUAGAAGCCUCAAAACAUGUUUUAACAGAAACAGAAACAAAGAAACAUGCUAAAGGCAACGGUGUACAAGGAUUGAAAACUCUCCCUGGGGGAGGCAGGAGGAUCCCCCAGGGUGCGCAGGGCAUUGAGAGAUCCCAUUGUAGAGUGACUCUGUGUCAAACCUGUGUUGUUCACGCAUCUGAACGGUUUGCAUGUGCGGGGUAUAUAGUUUCACGCAGAUCUUAGGCCCCUGUGGAGGCUGUGCCAAGUACACCAACUCAACCGAGGACCAGAGGGGAGGGGGGUCAGAGCUGUGGCCCCGCUGAAACGCUGCCGGAGCAGAGGCCGCAGCUUCGCGGCACACGGCCCUCGCCGCUCCGUGGCGAAGCUGCCGCGGCUGGGGCGGGGAGGACGCCGGCCCUGCGGCUGGAGAAGCGGCGAGGAUCUGCGCCUCGCAGAGGAUACCCCUGUGGGCAGGGUGCUGCGGUGCCUGGGGCUGGCCGGGCUCCACCAAGAGCGAGGCGAUGCGUUCCUGUGCUUCCGGGAGAGGCGAGCUGGGAACCCUGCUCUUUUGCAGCCUUCCUACCCCGGUCCCUUACCCAUCCACCGCCCUCCGCGACUGCGCUGUGUCCCCUCUACCUCUGCCAUUGAAUGCUUUCCCAGAUCUUCCUCGUGCUCGUCGGUCCUCCUUCUCUGGAGUUUCACAGGCGCUCUUUGCUCCAUCUCGCCCCGAGCUAGCGGCCUUACUGCGCAGUAGAGGUCCGGCCGUCGAAGAGGACCUGUCCCCGCGUGCAGUGCUCCGUCUCAGUAGAAGGGUUGUCUCCCCCGGCGUCAGCAGCGCGGCCCAUCCUGUGCUUUGGACAGAAGAGGCCGAGGUUGUGUUGCAGACCCUCGUUCCUCGGCUGGCGGAAGGGUGCCAUUCAAGCAACCCUUGGCUUUUCUGCUUGCGCUCCGCCCUCCCUGUCCUCCGCUGCGUAAGGUCUUCCUGCACGCGGCCCUGACGGGGCUUUCCUGUGUUUGUUCAUGGAGGGGACUGUGGGGGUGACGCGCCUGUGCUCCUGCAGACACGGCAGGAUCUCUGGACCUCCGCGGGGACCGCGUUCCAGCAUGGCGCUGCCCUGCGGGUGUCCGGCAGUGAACUCCGGGCAUACAGUGGCCGGGGGAACACCAGUGUGGAGGAUUAGCUCUGCAGAGCCAGACUUAGCAUACUACCUCUCUUGUAACAGAGCUCACCUUUCCCCGCUUGCUACCGCAGGGAAGGAGAGGGCUCUCGGAAGGGCAGAUCGACCGGGAGCGAGCGAACGGCAGCGCUCUUCAUCGCGUUGCUAGCUGGUCGGAAAGGCGGGCAGGUGCCGAGGCGCCAGCCCAGCGUCUGUCUUGAUCCAACCUGUGAGAAGAUGGAGCCGCAGCGUCCGGUUAGGAACGCCUUGAAGCGUUGGGGCGUUUUGUAGCGAGCGGUACCGGGUGGGAAGCGCGGGUCCGGAUUCGAGGAAGGAGGAUUUCAUUCCGGUCUCCUGCUUUGUGUGGUUUUGUUCUGUACGGUGUGAGCAAGCAGCAUUUCUCAGAGAUGGCAAAAUGGGAGCCGUCCCUGGAAGUGCUCGUCCCUGCCUUGGCAGCUGGAGCAGAGGAAUAACCCAGCUCAGGCUAACGAAGCGUGCUUUGGACCUGACGGGUCGGCUGGUGGGAUUCUCCGUCCUUUCAGAGCGUGCGUUUCACGUGGGAGGAUGUGGCUCGAACAGAUGUAGCUCUUUCAAAGCGUGACUUGCCUCAAAGGCUGUGGCUUCUCUUGGCUGCACUUGGGGGUGUCAGCUGCUGGUAGUUUCUCGUAAACAUCCACAUGCCAGCCCCGAACCUUGCUCAUCACCCACCAGCUAGUCUCGGUUGAUUUGAAGCCAUAAUAUUUUCUAUAGGGAAGUUUUUUGUUUGUCUGUAGACAGCUGUUGCGUUAGCCCCGGUGAGAUCCCCACGUGUCCGUACCUUCCCUGUUGUCCCUUUCACCCGGACUGACUGAGAAGUUGCCCAAGGCUUGCGCUGCUCGCUCGGUCGGCGGCACCUUGUCCGAGUUUCGGCCGGAGCCCGGGGGCUGUGGCGCGCCGCUGCGCAGCGCUCGGGAGGUCGGCGCUGCCUGCUUGCAGGGACGGGGGGGCGCAAUGCUGUUCCUGCCGGGCGGCGGGAGGAAGACCUGUCCUUUGGUGGCAAACGAGUAAGAAGCAAAGCCUUUUGCCUCGGCAGCCCUGGAGACGAAAGGGAAAUCCCGACGCCAGGUCGGAGCUGGGGACCUGGGAGCAGCCGUCGGCGCUCUGCCGCAAAAUCCCACUGCCCUGGAGCCAGCCCUACCCCCUGCCGCCGCGAUGGCUGAACGACGAGCGGGGAGAAGUAGCGCUGCCUACCAGCCCUCGGCCCCCCGCACGGCUCCCAGCCGCGUCUGUGAGCAGCAGUAUGGCAGGAGCUCCUGGGGAAGCUCCGCAACAGCCAGUCCUUGUCAGGCCUGGGCGGGCUUCGCCACCGGCCGGUUGCCCGCUGCCGUCAGCUGUAUCUAGUCUCGUGUCUUGUAGUUUAUUGCUCGGCUUCUCAGCUUGAGUUCUGUGUACUGACUCCACCUAAUCACAGUAAAGGGUUUACCCAUGUUUUAGCCAUGACUUCGCCAUGUUUUCCCAGCUCCAAAAAAGUGAACGCUGGGAAACCGCAUCUUUCAGUACGUCAGAUAAUCACACGCCCGGAAUUAGCUUUCACGUUGAGGUAAUGGUGACUGACCUGUUCUCUGUCAUCCCAUGGAGAAACUUCCCCAGUCAUUUUGUACCAUUAUAUAAAUAUAUAUAUAAAUAUAAAUAUAUAAAUACAAUAUGUGAAGACAUCUUAUUGGUUUUUAUUUGAAACAAUUUUUAGGCUUGUUUUUGGGUAUCUGUGCUGCCUGUAAUGUAUUGACCUGUUUUAUAGGUGCCUUUUUAUUAAAAAGACAAAUUGCAAAA